AUGUCCUCUGAAUCCAGCCACUCGCAGCCCCCCAAGUGCAAGAUCUGCGGCAAAUCUGCCGAGAAAGACAAAUGCCUCCUGUUCUGUGGCCGUUGCAAAGCCGAGAGAUAUUGCUCCAAAGACUGCCAAAAGGUCGACUGGCCACAACACAAGAAAACCUGCACCAGCAAAGGCUCCGGUGCUGCCCCUGCCUCCCAAGACGCGUUCAAUCCUCCCACUUCACCAGCUCUGGAGGUCACCAUCUCGAAGCCUUUCCACAAACUCUAUGAGAAGAAAUGGCUCCAUGAUCGUCCCUCUAAGGACGUCUACAAGCUUCUCGUUGACGCCUACAGACUUCGUCUGGAGGAUGAGUAUGUGUACAACGGCGAUGCUUCUGUGGAUAGCAUCUACGGCGGUGCUACUGAUGCAGGCAAGGCAGGCUUCAAGAAUUUCUUGGGGCUUGCAGAGCAAACCUCGGGUAUUCUCCCUCCUUGGUGGUCAGUUGUCCAUGCUGAGAAGUGCCUGGAGUACGCAACUUUGGCUCGGAACUGGAGCAAUAUUGGCUCUGCGGUCCAGAUGCGCGACAUCAUCGCUCACUACAAGCACGCACUGAUGCCGAUGGAGCUCCGUGUUUUGGCUGAGCAGAUCUAUGGAAACGGACCUGCUGGGCGUUCGGGAGCGUCGACCGUGGCCAUGAUGAUGGGUGCUGAGAACAGCGAUCUUUCUGUCAUCGACAUGUGUCUUGGUGAUCUUUUCUCUCGAUUAAAAUGA